UCCAUUUUGAAGGUUUUUCUGUUCUAUCUGCCGGGGUGCAUUGCCGAAAUUCUCACCGGUUGUUUUCCCCCUGUUCAAGUGUGAUGUCUGCAAGUAUUAUUCAGACCCGUCACGCGAGGUCUAAGGAAAAGGACCAGACGCGGCCUUCUGAAGUUGUGACGGAAGCCAUUGACACAGAGACUGUGCAAGAGGAGAUCGUCCAAGAGGAAGGCGAUCCUGCUGUAUCUGCUGUUGAAGUCAAGCGGGAUUCUCACGUGCAGAUUAUUGCAUCUGGAGAGCGCCCAUCCAAGGUUGCAAAACUAGAUACUGAAGAGGAGUACUUUGUGAUUGAGCAUGAGGAUCCAAAAGCAGAGGAAGAAGAGUCUUCCCAGAAUGACGCAUCCACUGAACUGGACACUCCCCGAACCAACUAUGCGAAAAAACCACAGAAGUAUAGAGAACAAUGGGAAAGCCAUCCAGCCCUGAAAAACUGGCUGACCAUGGUGCCAGGCAACCCGUACCGGGCCUGGUGUCGCCAGUGCGGCUGUCCGCUCAUCACGCAGCUCAAGGUGCUCAUGGACCACGGCCGGUGCCGCAAGCAUAUGCGCCGCGAGGGGCGGCCCAUGGUGGAGCCGCCGGCGCAGACGACCGGCCGGCCCGGCGCCCGCCCCGCCGGCACCUGGGGCCGCUCCGCCUGGGACGCCCAGCAGCAGCUCGACGUCUCAUACGGGGACACUGACCGGGUCACCUACUCGAUCGGGCUCGGCAGCCAGAAGGUGGGCUUCAUCGGCGCUGGCAAGAUCGCGCAGGCCAUCGCCACCGGCAUGAUGAACAAGGGUCUCACGUCGUCCAGCUGUAUCAUGGUGAGCUCUCCCACCGACCGCAACCAGACCAUUUGGAAACGCUGGAAGUGCAAGACCAUGCACGACAACAGUGCGCUGGUGCGCCAGUGCGACGUGGUGUUCCUGGCCGUGGCGCCGGUCGAGCUGGACGCGGUCAUCUCCGCCCUCGAGCCGCCCGGCGACAACGUGGAGCGCUGCUUCAUCUCCACCAUCUCCGGCGUCUCGCAGGAGAAGCUGACCCAGAUGCUUUCGGAGGUGAUGCCGGACGAGCCCGUGUACGUGAUCCGCUGCGUGCCCUCCAGAACGGUGGCCAUCGGGGAGGGAGUAUGCGUGUACAGCGCGCCGGCCGACCUCCCGCACACCUGGCUUCUCACCAUGGAGACGAUGUUCUCGGCGCUGGGGCUGUGUCAGCGGGUGGACGAGCACCUCAUGAACGUGCACAGCGGCGCCUUCAGCAGCGGGCCGGCGUACGUGGCUGCCUUCAUCGACGCCCUAGCCACGGGCGCAGCCAACCACGGCGUGCGCUGGGAGGACGCCGUCCAGAUGGCCGCCCAGGUGACGCAGGGGACGGCGGCCAUGAUCCUGACGCAGGGCGUGACGCCGGCCACGGUGCGGCGCGAGGCGGCCGCGCCCGGCGGCAACACCAUCGCCGGCAUGAUGGCCCUGCACAAGGCCGGCAUGGAGUUUGCCGUCAUGUCCGCCGUGGACGAGGCGACCAAGAAGGCCAAGGAGCUGGGCUCCAGCGAGUAGCGUGCCGCCGUCUCUGCGCCACGGAGGGAGUCGCCGCCGCGGCCAGCCGGUGCUGCAGCGGCCGGCUUCGGGCCACGCUCCCGGCGCCCGCGGUCCGGGGACGCCGCUUGUCGUCGCGCGCGCGCGUGACGUCUGCUGAGCGUCCGGGCGGCACUGACGCGUCCCGUGCCACUGCGAGGGCGUGGCGGGCGAUGUGGUCGUUCCACUGUCGACUGUCUCCAGCCGAGAGCCAUCCAUUCAUGUUUCCUCUGGUUGCCAGACCACUUUUGCUUCAUGCACGAAAUAAAUGGGAGAGAGAAUCGGUGUUGUACGUUGGAGGCGUCGAAAUGGAAAGGACGGAAUGAAUGAACUUGCAAAUAUGGGUUUGGUUGUGUCGAAUGUUUGCUGCCCGUGUGUUGGAUUGGCUGAUCACAAAAAUUGUCUGGGCGGUCAUUUGGCGCUCAUGCAGCCUUGGCUUUGCACUUCCGGCUGUGUGCUGCUAAAGCACAUCACAUUUGCAAACGCACUUGUGAACACACAUUUGCUUAUUUUGGGAACGUUCUGGCUCAUACUGCGCUUCCAAACGUGUUCUCAAAGCAAUCGGUGACCUCUUAUUUCAACAAGCAGCGCGAUAUGUGUGCUUGAGGUUCUUGGAGACAUUAACCGCGUUUUUUCGUUUGGUGGAGCCUGACAUA